UAUUUCCACAGGCACAUUUUCAGCAGGGGAGAGUGACUGCAUGAGCAGAAAGAUGUUCUCUGUCCUUAGAAGACCCGCACUCACCUGGUUCAAGUUGAGGAAAUCCAUGCAGCAAAAUCAUGGGUCAACCAUCUACAGCAAGCCACCAAGGGAAAGGAUCGGGCCAGUGCAAUCUGUCUUUGCCAUCUGUGUGUUUGCUGUGACUCUCCUGGGCCCCGCUGGAUGGAUCCUGCAUCACAUCCCAGAGUAUCGGCAGAGACCACCACCAAGACUCUGACUUCUGCAAGAGCUCUGCAACCAUGACUGGGCUGUUACUGAGCGUAAAUCCUUCCAGUGUGCAAAAUGUUAUGAAGGGCAGUAAAACCUGAUCAUGAAAUUGUUUCCCAUUGUAAAGGCUUUGAUAUUUUAUCU